AAUUUUUUUGAAAGCUCUCAUAUUAUAAAUAUUUUUAAUUAUUUUAUGCACUUUAUUUUAAUAAAUAAAUCUCUGAAAUCACCCAAUAUUCUCUUUUGACAUAUAAAAUUAAGAUUUUUACUUCAUUAAUAUUUAACUAUAAAUUUUAUGUUUAUUAAUUUUAAAUAUUUUAUGAUUAAAAAAUAUUAUUUAUGGUUAAUGUCUUAAUAAUUUUAUAUAUAGAUCUUUUUAUUUUAAAAUACAUUAAAGGGUUUUUUUUUGAAUAACAACACAAUAUAUAUAGGAAUUAUAUUUUUAUUUUAUAUUAUAUUUUUAUUUUUGGCUAAUUUUAUUAUAUAAAUUUUAAUUGAAUUGUCUAAUUUAAAAUUUGUUUUAUUUUUGGAUAAUUUUUAUUAUAUUAAUUUAUAAUCAGUAAUUUAAUCAAAUAAGUAAAUACAAUUAUUCAUUAAGGGUAACAACGAUGUUAAUCAGUGUAAAUUUUAACGUGAGAGUUCGAAUGCGAAAAUCAUUUUGCAAAAAAUUAUAUGUUUUUUUUAUCAACUGAAUGUUUAUUAACAAACUAGUAUUGAUUCCAUGCUACGCAUGAGCAUAUUUUUGCUUACAAAAUAAAACUAAUUUUUAAGGUAAAUUUCAAUCAUCUACAAUACUAAAAGCAGCAUAUAGAGAGUAUACAGCGUGCCACGUCAGAUUUUUAACUCGUAAAAAUCAGGAGCGUUUUAUGUGACACGUCAUCCCGUGCUCGCCGUGCUGUUUUGUCUGGAGCGUUAUGGGCUUCUGUGGGCUUCAUCCGUAAUUUACAAAAGGGUUUUAUUAAACUUUUACGUCGAAACAUAAAAUACAAAAGUAACCUCAAAGUCUCCGUCGAAGCUUAUCGUCUCUGCCUCUUCGUCUUUUCAUCGCCUCUACCUUUUCAUUUUCUCCGAUCGAAGAGCAGAGAAGCCGAGAUUUAAUCGAGCCACUUCUACACAAUCAGUAGCUCUUUUAUGAUAUCGUUUCACCUCCCCCUUUUCGUCCUUCUUUAUAUAUUGAUCUUUUUAUUUCAUAUAAACCAAAAUCCUAGAACCACUCAAAACUCGAUCCAUGGCGAUGAAACGAAAUGGGAAGUCGCAUGUCUCCUCCGACUCUGAUGAAAAAUUCAUUUCCUUCAAGGAUGUCUCUCUAGGUCCCCAUGAAGCUCAACUACGCUUCCGACUCAUCCAUUUCUGGGAGGCUCGGAACCCGGUGAAGAAGACACUGAUUGGCCUCGAAAUGCUCCUCAUCGACGAACAGGGAACUGUUAUUCAAGGAUUCAUCCCACCGGGGCGAAUUAAGAAGUACUUGCCUGAGAUGAAACGCGGAUCAGUUUACAAAAUCAUCAAUUUCUACGGAUUGAAAAACAAACCGGUGUAUCGGGUUGCUGAUCAUUUCGCAACCGUGUCUUUCGCAUGGAACUCUGAAAUGUCGGUUCUUCACGAGAUUCCCAUCUCUUUUGAUGAAGACCGUUUCAGGUUUCAUUCAUACGAAGAUUUUGAAGCCAACUGUGAUCUCAAAGGUGACCUCUACGAUGUUAUUGGCCACAUGAAGCUGGUCGAUGGACAGACUCUUAUUGUGCGUCCCAGCCUUGACGAUAUGAAGAUUGCUACCACUCGGCAUAUUAUGAUUCAUGUGCAGUCGCAUGAUGGACCUGUGAUGAAGCUCUACCUUUGGGACCAGGCUGCAACAGACUUUUGCAAGAAAUUCAACUCCUGUGAAAACACUCCCACAGUGCUUUUGGUCACAAUUGUUAACACUAAACGUCUCGGAGGUACCCUUGCCCUAUCCUCUAUGUCCUCCACACGGGUCUUCAUGGACUAUGAUGUCCAACAAACCAGGGAUUAUUUCACCUGGCUGGGCUCUAACCCAGAGAUUGCUAAUCAAGUUAGCGCAGACGUCAUCACUAAGCGUGAGACACUGACUAUAGCAGAUAUAUUCUCCUAUAUGACUCAGGAAUCUGCAAAGGCUGCCUUUUUUGAGUGCACGGCUACGAUUGAUGAUGUUGUUCAUGGCUCUCCUUGGUACUACAUUGCAUGCAGUGAGUGCCAUUCUAAGGCUACCAACGGCCCAAGUUCGUUGAUUUGUACAAACACAAAAUGUGGGAAGGUUAACACAGCUGGCGUUCCACAGUACCGGGCAAAGAUUUCUGUUUAUGACAACAGUGAACAAGCUUUUUUUGUCCUACUUGGAGAUGCUGGCGUGAGUUGACUGGAGGCCCGCAUCCGAGUUAGUUAGCAGCUACUUUGAGGUAACUGAGCAUCAGUUUAUAAUCUCAAAUGCAUUUUUUCCUCAUUGUUGCUGAUCUCUCAAGUGACUAAGCUGACACUAUUAUAAUUGAUUGUAAGGCUAAUAAAAGCGAAGGAGCUGACCAUGAGAUGCCUGUCCCGGAAGCUCUGAUCAGUACCAUUGGACAGACACAUAAGUUCUGUGUGAAAGUUACAGACCACAACUUCUCAGGCAAUACCCGAGCCAUAACUGUGACACCCCCGAUCGUAGAUGACCGAAAAUGACACGGUCGAUGUUCCUCGAUGGUUGAUCCGAGGAUCUCAGAAUACUUCCGAUCACCUUAGACCAGCAACCAAAGAACACCAACGCUCCUAUUGAAUAUCACUCCAGGCUUUUCAACCCGAAAAAGCAAUAUCCGAUAGUUAGUAUAUAUAACUAAAAGCACAUGUAUAGUUUAACUUUGAUUUGUCAGGACAUGUGUAUGCAUAAAAAUAUUAGCACAUAUAAUCAAUUAACCAUAAACAUAUAAAGAUAAAUUAGAUUUGGUUUAAAAAUAUAUAUUGAUGUUAAUUAGAUUUUUGAAAAUGUCCAUUUACUGGUGGUAAAAAUGAAGUGGUAGCAUGAAAGUGGUAAACAUGUAAUUUUCCAAAAAUAUUAUUACAAAUCCAAUUCAAACAGUAAACAUGGU